UCUCAGGAGGUAUGAGGUAAUACGGGGGCCCGGAGGAGACGGGGUGCAGCAUCUGGUAGGUUCGGGGAAUCUAAGGGCCUUGGAAGGGUUUGGGGGUGCAGGAUUUCGGAAAUAAGAGGGAAUCGGGGUCCCUGAUGAGAUUUAGGGUGCAACAUCUCAGGAGAUUCGAGGAAAUCUCGGGACGCCAGGCAUUUGUUUGGGCAGGGCAAGAUCUGAGAUCAAAAGGAGCAGGGUCUGAGGCGAUCCUAAUUGCUAAAGAGGGAGGGUUUUCCUGAGUAGGAUCUGGGAAAAAUUGAAGUGGGGAGUUCUUGGGGGAAUCAGAGGGAAGCAACAUCUUGUUAGAAAAAAGAAGAGACCUGGCUAAGAUUUGAAAGCAACACAUGACAUGGGAUGGGUGAAAGGAGAAGGAGCAAGGUUUGAGGAUGGCACAGUGCCUGGUAGAAUACAGAGAAUGGAGGAUAAGAUCAAGAGAGAGCAGAAAUCUGAGGUGUGGGAUCAGGGUGUUUGGAAGGAGUUGGGGUACAGGGCUGAAGGCUUCAGAGAUUUGGAAACGGAUUAAGGGGUCUUUAUCAAAGGAAUUUGGGAUGCAUGGGUGAAGAAUUGGCGAAGGUUGCAAUGUAGAGCCCAAAAGGUUAGACUCUUGUAUUGUGAGAUGGUUUGGAACACAAUUUGGAGAGGAUUGAACAGGUUGCAGAAUUAAAGGACUUUGAAUAGGUCUGUGGGUUGGCGACUUGGGCUGCUAAAAGAAUUUUCUUGAAAUCUCUACAUGGGAAGCAAAAGGAGUUUGGGGACCCAAGAACCUAGAAGUAAUAUGGAAGUGUAUAUAUGAGUAUGAGUUCAGGGGUUCAGGAAUGAAGUUAUAGAUCAUCAGAGAUCAGGACUCCUGAAGAAGCAUGACUUCCCCUCAGAGGGGCAGAAUCUCCUUCACUUUUCCAGCAAAUAUCCCUUGUCAUGAGGCUGGCAUGGUACACCACUAACUCCACUCUGACCCUGGGCCAGCUGAAAGUGGUAGACUUUGGGGAGAAGAUAUUGGUGAAAGGGAGGAUAAAGCAGAAAACUGUUCAAGGCCAUCCUUCUAGGUCCUGUCUUCCCUACCCCUACCUCUGCACCAUGGAGGUGCUAGCAGAUAGUGUGUGAGAUGUCCAGGGAAAUGAGUGAAACAUUAUCUCAGGCCUUAUUUUCCUCAUCAGCUAAAUAAAGUGGAUUGAAUUAGAUCAUAUUAUUAAAAAAGAAAUUGUUGCUGUCGAGUCGAUUUCAACUCAUAGUGACCCCGUAUAUAAAAAAAAAUAAUAAUAAUUAGGACCCAUUUAAAGCCCAAAGAGUCAGUGGCUUUGUGAAUGAGGUGUUUGUUUUGGCUGGGAGAAGGGCAAGAAAAAGGGAGCUCAGGGUUCAGCAUUUAAUCCUUUGCAAGUCUCUAGAGCAGUGGUUCUUAACUAUGGGUGAUUUUGUCCAGCAGGGGACAUUUGGCAAUGUCUGGAGAUGUUUUUUGGCUGUCAGAGUAGGGGUUUGGGGUACCGCUGGCACCCAGGGGGAAGAGGCCAGGGAUGCUGCUAAACUUCUUACAAUGCCCAGGAAAGCCCCCAGAACAAAGGAUUAUCCAGCUGAAAAUGUCAAUAGUGCCAAAGUUAAGAAACCCUACUGUAGAGUCAUAUCUGAGGUUCUAAUGCUGGCUCUGUUUCUUCUGAUUUAGUAAUCUUGAGUGAGUUAUUUAAUCUCUUUGCCUUGGCUCUUCAUUUGUAAAAUGGGGUUCUUAACAGGACCUACAUCAUAGAAUUAUUGUGUGAAUUCAGUGAAGUGAGUCAGGGUGCCCCGUGUGUGGCAUAUAGCAAAUAUACAAUAAAUUUGGCAAUUUUUAGUUUUUAUAUCCACUUUUCCAGUUUUCACAACAGUCUUAUUAAGUGUCUCUAUUAUAUCCAGUUUUACACAUGAGGGAACUAAAGCUUAGAAAAGGGAAGCUACUUGCCCAAAGUUUCAUAGCUAGCAGUGAAGUCAGAGCUAGGCUCAUAUCCAGAUCUCUGUAGCUGUAUAUUCUCUGUUUUCCUUGCUUCUUUUUUUUGUGGGGGCCUGUUUAGUCUUAUUAUCUCAGCCCAUUCCCCUCCAAAGUAAAGGAGGAUUGUCCAGUGGGUAUCAGUGAAUAUCAAACAGAACCCUAGAAGGGGUAUUCUAUAUGAUUAGGUAGGGAGUAACCGUGGACUUUGUUCUUGGUUUGCUAUUAGACCAGGACCAAUGGGUGGAUAAGGGGAGGAGCUUAGGUUAGCAAGCAGGAUGAGGUGCAUGGGACCAGAGGGUGAGGUAUGGAGGCCCUUGGCUUGAAAAAAAAAAACAACCGCAUAGCAGGGAAGGCAGGAAGCUGAAGGCCAUCAAACCGAAGGAGAGUAAUUACUGUUCUGAAUGAUCUCUUUUGGGCUUCUUUCCCCUGGGACAGAAUAGCCACACUGGCUCUCUCAGCUCAAAGACUAAGCUACUUACAGCAUUGCUGAAGCCAGCACAGAAACAGCUGGAUUGGAUCUGAGGGCAAGAGACUCAGCUGGAAUACCUCACCCUCCCCAAGGGAAAUAUUUAAUGAGCAUUGAAUCGGCCUGGGAAUCAGAGGCCUGAAGUCCAGUGUCCUUACUCUCCUGCUAAUUUACUGUGUGACCUUGGACAAGGACUUGUCCUGUCUGCCUCAAUCUGUUACAAAUAGCUACCAUUUGUCACUUAUGUGCUAAGUAAAAGAUCCCUGGUGGCACAGUGGUUAAAGCACUUGGCUGCUAACUAAAAGGUCAGCAGUUUGAACCUGUUAGCCGCUCUGCAGGAGAAAGAUGUGGCAACCUGCUUCCAUAAAGCUUUAUAGCCUUAGAAACCCUACAGGACAGUUCUACUCUGUCCUGUAGGGUGGCUAUGAGUCAGAAUUGACUCGAUGGCAGUGGGAUGUGCUAAGUGUGUGUACUCCACAUGUGUUAUCUCAGUUAAUCCUGACAAUGACCCUGCCAACAAUCUAGUUGUUAUGCCCCAUUUUACAGAUGAGAAAACUAAUAGGUUAAAUGACUCACCCAAAGCUACACAGCAAGUGACAAAGCUGGGAUGACAGUCCCAGUCUAACUCCAGAGUUUUAAUAGUUUUAUUAGAUAGGCUUUUCCAACUCUAAGAGCCCAUGUAUCCAUAUCUGGAGCCUAUAUGUCUAAACUUCUAGGUGGUAGCCAGAAGUUUACAGGACCCUUGAAGUGGAUCAUUGACUAUGCACACCUGUGACACUCUCUCCAUUAUGUCUUCUAGUAGAACAAUUAGAUUUAAAAAUCACCCCUAGGUGCCUUUACCAGCCUCUUCGCUGGACUCUUCCUAGAGGCAUUGGCAGCCAAAUCAACCAGGGAAUUCUAUAACAUAUCUUUUGAGUCAGCAUGGUUUUAUGGCUUGGAGUCAACACUCCUGGAUUUGAACCCCAGUUCUACUACUUACCAUGUUUGAAACCUUGGACAGAUUCUCUGAGCCUCUGAUUUAUAAAACCCACCCACUGCCUUUGAGUCGAUUCCGACUCAUAGCGACCCUAUAGGACAGAGUAGAACUGCCCGAUAGAGUUUCCAAGGAGCACCUGGCGGAUUCGAACUGCUGACCUUUCAGUUAGCAGCCAUAGCACUUAACCACUAUGCCACUAGGGUUUCCCUGAUUUAUAAAGAGGUAUAAUACUUGAUAGAGCUUUUAUGAGAAUAAGAAAUAAUCUAUGAAAGGUGCCUGGCACUCAUGAAUGGCACUUGUUUUAUGAGAGGAAGGCAAUGCUGGAAGGGAACUAUGUUGCCAUGCCGGAUUUUAGUGACCCUAAGCAGCCUCUGUCAGUUACCCCAAGAUUCUCAUCCCCUUUUAUACUUUACCUAAGAUCUGCUUACAGAAAACAAAAAAACCAAACCCAUUGCCGUGGAGUUGAUUCUGACUCAUAGCAACCCUGUAGGACAGAGUAGAACUGUCUCAUAGGGUUUCUAAGGAGCAGUUAGUAGAUGUGAACUACCGACCUUUUGGUUAGGAACUGAAUGCUUAACCACUGUGCCACCAGGGCUCAUGAUUAAAUGAACACACGUGAAUGCAAAGAAAGGACUCAAUGGAAAAUUGAGUUGGUUGAGAUGAGUUGGAGGUGCCCCAAGAGAAGACUGCUGAUUUUUCCCUUGACCUUUAUCAUCCGAGUUAUAAUGGCAGCAUUAUUGCUACCCAGAUGUAUGUGGAAGAUGCAAGGGAAACUGUCUAGGCCCUUCAGUUUUAGAGGAAGACAAAGACAGGUAUCGGGCAAGCAUUUUUCUAGCAAACCCUAUUGCUAACAUUUUCUUCCCCAAAAACAUACUUCCUUCUGAGUUUUAUGUAUCCCAGAUGGGCUCAACUUCGGGGUCAUGCCUCUGCAAGCCCCUGUUUAUUGAGUUUCUCUUAGCUCUCUGCAGGUGCCCUAAAUGCCCUGAGUAAACUGCGUCCAGAUCCUCUCCCACACACAGGACUGGGUGAGUGUCAGGUGGUGACCUCACAGACUUUCUUAAAAUCAGUCUUGUUGGCCACUCCCAGAGAAUGACCAUGGAGGGCAUGGAGAUGGUUAUGCACUUGAUUAGCAUUUUGUUAAAAUACAGGAGGAAUAAAUACAGUUUUGGAAGCCAACGUGAAAGAAGAUGUGAUAAACCUUGCAAAAACAAAUCAAAAUAACAACAACAAAUCAAACCAGGAGAGUGUGUCAAUAGUAGAACCUUUAUGUCUUAUGAAAAAAAGUAAAGUACUACUUUUACAUGUUUUCUGCAUUUUACAUGAAGUGCUUUUUUCAUAUCUGCUUUUGCUCAAAAUUAUAUCCCCCGUGCCUUUCAGUGUGCCUAACUCAUAAUAGGUCCUCAGUAAAUAUUUAACCAAUUGCUUAAUCAAGGUUCUCCAGUUUUGCUCCUGGUUUAGGUCCCCAAAGUGCCGAUACGAGUAUGAGAAGUAGUCAUCUAGAGAACUACCCCAUGGUGGGGACUCAAGCAUUGGAUGGUGAUUUUGAAACCUUAGGUCAUCUCUAUUCCUUUGAUUCUGAGGUCAGGUAAAACAAUCUCCAAUGAAGGCUCAGAAUUUUUAUUGUUGAAAUGUAUGUACCUGAUGCCUUGGGCCUGUUGAAAAGUGACUAUUCAUUUCUUCUCAUAGGCUGGGUUCUGAAGGUGGCUGCUGCUGCUCCUCCUACUACUAAAACCCAUUAUUUGCUGCGCGGUUAAUUGUUUUCCUGGCUUGGUACUGUGCUAAGUAAGUGCUUUACACACAUAAUCUCAUUUAAUCUCUACAGGGACCCUGCGAGGUAGGUACUAUUACAAAGCUCCUUUUCCUAGAUAAAUAAAGACAAAAAAGAAGUAACUUCCGGAAGUGUGCACAAAAGUGGUAUAGGGAGGAUUAAAAUCCAGAAACCCUGAUUCCUGAGCCCACUUUCUUCAUCUGUACUUUUGUUCCUAGUUCUGUGAUAGGAUUUAUGAGGUCUGAAUUUCCUCUUGGUCUCAGUUUCCUCAUCUAUGUAAUGGGAACCAAUUAUCAGGACGGAUCAGUCCCUGGAGAAGGACAUCAUGCUUGGUAAAGUGAGUGUCAGAAAAGAGAAGAAGACCCUCAACAAGAUGGAGUGACACAGUGGCUGCAACAGUGGACUCAAGUAUAACAAUGAUUGUGGCUCAGGACCUGGCAGUGUUAUACAUAGGGUUGCUAUGAGUUGGAACCAACUCCAUGGCACCUAACAAAAAACAGCAUAUGAUGGGGCGAUUGAACAGGAAUUCGAUCCCCUGGGGCAUGAAUACAGGUGGUAAGCUAUUCAGUUCCGGCUGUGUUAGCAGAAUCUUUCCAAGGAAGAGUAAUGGCUGCGGCAGCAGCUUCUCACCUAAACCUGGAUGCCCUCCGGGAAGUGCUGGAAUGCCCCAUCUGCAUGGAGUCCUUCACAGAGGAGCAGCUUCGGCCCAAGCUCCUGCACUGUGGCCAUACCAUCUGCCGCCAGUGCCUAGAGAAGCUACUGGCCAGUAGCAUCAAUGGUGUCCGCUGUCCCUUUUGCAGCAAGAUCACCCGCAUAACCAGCCUGACCCAACUGACAGACAACCUGACAGUGCUGAAGAUCAUUGACACAGCUGGGCUCAGUGAGGCUGUGGGGCUGCUCAUGUGCCGGUCCUGUGGACGGCGACUGCCUCGGCAGUUCUGCCGAACCUGUGGUGUGGUUUUAUGUGAGCCUUGCCGGGAGGCUGACCACCAGCCUCCUGGUCACUGUACGCUCCCUGUGAAAGAGGCAGCUGAGGAGCGGCGUCGGGACUUUGGAGAGAAGCUGGCUCGUCUGCGGGAGCUUAUGGGGGAGCUACAGCGACGAAAAGUCGCCUUGGAAGGUGUCUCCAAGGACCUUCAGGCAAGGUACAAAGCAGUUCUCCAGGAGUAUGGGCAUGAGGAGCGCAGAGUCCAGGAGGAGCUGUCUCGCUCUCGGAAGUUCUUCACAGGCUCUUUGACUGAGGUAGAGAAGUCCAAUAGUCAAGUGGUAGAGGAGCAGAGUUACCUGCUUAACAUUGCAGAAGUGCAGGCUGUGUCUCGCUGUGACUACUUCCUGGCCAAGAUCAAGCAGGCUGAUGUAGCACUACUGGAGGAGACAGCAGAUGAGGAGGAACCAGAGCUCACUGCCAACCUGCCCCGGGAGCUUACCCUGCAGGAUGUGGAGCUGCUUAAGGUAGGCCAUGUUGGCCCCCUCCAAAUUGGGCAGGCAGUUAAGAAGCCCCGAACAGUCAACAUGGAAGAUUCCUGGGCCAUGGAGGCUGCAGCCUCUGCUGCCUCCACUUCUGUUACAUUUAGAGAGAUGGACAUGAGCCCUGAGGAAGUGGUUGCCAGCCCUAGGUCCUCACCUGCUAAGCAGCGGGGUCCUGAGACGGCUGCCAAUAUCCAGCAGUGUCUCUUUCUUAAGAAGAUGGGGGCCAAAGGCAGCACUCCAGGCAUGUUCAACCUUCCAGUCAGUCUCUACGUGACCAGUCAAGGAGAGGUGCUGGUUGCUGACCGUGGCAACUACCGUAUACAGGUCUUUGCCCGCAAGGGCUUCUUGAAGGAGAUCCGCCGCAGCCCCAGUGGCAUUGAUAGCUUUGUGCUGAGCUUCCUUGGAGCUGAUUUGCCCAAUCUCACUCCUCUCUCAGUGGCUAUGAACUGCCACGGGCUAAUUGGUGUGACUGACAGCUAUGACAACUCCCUCAAGGUAUACACCUUGGAUGGCCACUGCGUGGCCUGUCACCGGAGCCAGCUGAGCAAACCCUGGGGCAUCACAGCCCUGCCGUCUGGCCAGUUUGUGGUCACCGAUGUGGAAGGUGGAAAGCUGUGGUGUUUCACCGUUGACCGAGGAGCAGGGGUAGUCAAAUUCAACUGCCUCUGCAGCGCUGUGCGGCCCAAGUUUGUCACCUGUGAUGCAGAGGGCACUGUCUACUUCACCCAGGGCUUGGGACUCAACCUGGAGAACCGGCAGAAUGAGCACCACCUGGAGGGUGGCUUUUCCAUUGGCUCUGUGGGCCCUGAUGGGCAGCUGGGUCGCCAGAUUAGCCACUUCUUCUCAGAGAACGAAGAUUUCCGCUGCAUUGCUGGCAUGUGUGUGGAUGCCCGUGGUGACCUCAUUGUGGCUGACAGUAGUCGCAAGGAAAUUCUCCACUUUCCUAAGGGUGGAGGCUAUAGUGUCCUUAUUCGAGAGGGGCUCACCUGUCCAGUGGGCAUUGCCCUCACUCCUAAGGGGCAGCUGCUGGUCUUGGACUGCUGGGAUCAUUGCAUCAAGAUCUACAGCUACCACCUGAGGAGAUAUUCCACUCCUUAGAGGAGAAAUCGCCAUUUCUUCUUCUAAGACAACUUCCUUUCCCUUAUCCUUAAUUGUUGGUGGUACUGUAGAGUAGACUCAGCCUGUGUCCUGAUUCCACCUGGCUAGUCCUAGAAUUUUAGAAGCUCUUUUAGUUUUUUUUUCCCCUAAAUUUAGAGCUGUAACAUGCAUUUCCUUACUAGGACACAUUAUGGGGUUAGCUGAAAUUUAAGUAGACAUUAGGCACCUCCAAGGCUUCAGUAGAGAGAACCACUUUCGCCUUUUUGUAGAUAGAAAUUUCCCCUGUAUUGAAUCCUUGUUGGUUUUCCUCUCUUUUGGCUUUGAUGUCUCUGGCCCAUUUCCUUCCUGUUAUAUAAUGUGUUUCACCUUUGACACUUUCUCUUCAACUCUGGCUGCAUUCUGUGUGCAUGCUCUGGUGGCAUCCACUCCACCUUUCAGUGACAUUUCAGACAUCAUUCCCCUGUGUCAUGAUGUCUCAGAUCUCAUCACCUUAACCAGUGUGAAAGCUCAUUCAUUUAGUGCCACCAAGGGAGAUAUACAGUCCUUUUGGGAAGCAGUGCCUCUUGGCUGAGGGAUUUAUGCCAUCUUGGAUUGGUCUCUAAUUGUAGAUGUGACAGAGAAUGGAUUGGCCCUAGUUGUUUGAUGUUGAAGACUUUGGCCUGGAAAUUGCUUUCCUUUUAAAGGAGCAUAUGGAUUCGAAUUUUGCCAAAGCAUAGAAAAAUGGGAAUAAGCAACUAUGGUUGCUGAUAUAGUCAACAAAUACGCUUGGAUAGACAUCAUUUCUCAUACUCCCUCUCCACUGACCUGUGCUAAGAGUUGUCUGAGAAACACCAAAUAGAUCAGGGCCAGCAAAGUGGGGAAGUGGACACUUCUCAUUUUCAAUACUAAAACAGAAAAUGAAACUGUUGCAUCUUUACUCUGUAUUUUCUCCAAGUGAGUACAUAAUACUGGUUUUGGGAUUUAUUUCCAUUCCUGUUGCUGCAUUAAACAAUUGAUAACUGUUUCUUCUCAACUGGUGUUCAUGCUUUUUAAUUAAAUAUGGGAUUUCAGGGGUGAGGAGGGAGAGAAUUUGUACCAUGGCAUUUUGCUUCUCUAUCUUAACAGUGCAUCUUUUGAGUGCAUAACCAUCAUAGGGAUCUACCUCAGUCAAAAUCCAGCCAAAAGCACCGUUAUGUAAAAGAUAGUCCAAAGCUCAUUCCUACAGUUAUAUAUUCAGAAUCAGUCUCCAAAAUGUAAAGUCCCUAACACCCUGUCUUAAAUUCAGCCCUUGCCCUCUGUUCUAAGAAUUACAGUUAAAAAAGGAAGAGAACCUGUGCUUUUAAGAGAGGCUUGUAGGUGAAGGAAUUUGUGAUGCGGCUCCUCAGGCUUUGGCCUGAGCACCAUACCUUGCUUUUGCAGUGCAGGGGUUAUGGCAACCCCAAGAGCUGUGCCCUUGCUUUCACUGAAACAAAAUUUGCUAGGCUGAGCUACUCAAAGUGGGUUUUUUUUUGUUUUGUUUUUUUGCUUCUGUUGUACUAGCUGCCAAAGGAUGGGAAAGGAGGUAAUUAAAGUGAUGUUGAACUAGUUUGUCUUUUUACUUCUCAUCUAGAGAAAGCCCCAUGCUCUGAUGAUGAAAUUGCAUCUGAUUUUCAAAGAUUGUAUAAUUAAGAGGAAAUUGAUCCAAUAAGAAGUACAUCACAAAUCACUCUACUAGUUAUUAAAGCCACUUUAUCUGUGGGGCACCUGGCAGCAGGAGAUGUGUCUUUGCUGUCAGUGGGGGACUUGCUGAGGCAAGAACAGUGGCUGAGGCCUUUGGCGCAUGGUCUGCGGCUGAGGAAUGAAUAUACUAUUGUGGGCUGGCUGAGGAAAAUGAGGCCAGGACUCCUCCAGCUGCAGAUGUUUUUGGAAGGAAGUGCCAUCACUGAUUGUCAUUCAGCGUUUAUAUCUGACCCCAUCUCUGAAUCACACUCAUGCCUUGGCCCUCAAGUACAGUAGCUAUCUGCUGGCUCAAAAUGAAAGUAAGUUUGGAUUGAAUGUUUUUUUUUUCCUCUUUGAUAUGAAUAUUUUAGGCUGUGCUUAUUACAGUUUUCAGUUAUCUGCCAUGUUGAUUAUUAUGGAGUAUGGCCCCAAGAAACUAACUUGCUCAAUUACAGAUUUUUUUUUUUUUUUUGUAAAAAAUAGGAGUACCCUUGUUCAAAUGAAGUCUUAUGUGCAAAUAUAUCAUGUAAAAUAGUCCAAAGGACAGCUGCUCUCGUUGAAGCAGGCUUGUGUGCCUUGUCCCCUCACCUCCUAACCUCCCGUGGCACCACUGCAAAACUCUUCUGUGUCUUAUACAAUUUCUUACAACCCUUGGACAACAUUGCUAAUAUCCCAUUCCAUUUUAUUAGCUUUGUGGCCUUGGGCAACCCAUUUAACCUUCCUGAGCCUUUAUUUCCUCAUCUGGAAAAUGAACACUAUGACCCCUGUCUCCAGAAGUAUGUAAAAAGGAAAAGAAUAUGUGAAAAUACCUAGCUCAGUUCCUGGCAUAUAGCUGGUACUCAAUAAAUAGUUACUAUCUUUCUGAGUUAAUCAAAAGAGUGCUUGGUGAUGUGAGGCUGUCCAGCUGUGUCAAGUAAUACCUUCCCUCUUAUCUUACAAGGUCCUACUUGGCAGCCAAAACCUUUCUCAGGCAUUUCCUGCUCCUGACCACAAGUCUCCAAAUAAAUCUGAUCAUCUCUUCCUUUCUAUUACCUCUCUACCUAUUUCAUGUUUCUAUUAUGGUAUAAAUCACCUUGUGUUACAGUCAUCUGUCCAUAUGCCUGGGUUCCUACCAAUCUGCUUUAUAGAGGACUAACUUUAAUCUUUAGCAAUGGUGCGUAAUAUACGUAUCCUUAGUCAUUGAAUUCACUUGAUGACAAGGGUGGGCCCUCCAGUAACUAUUGGCUCUUCCUAGCACAGCUUCCUUCCUUUAGACACAAAGGAAUUCCCAGGCAGGCCUCAUUGUAAGUUAUAUGGAAAUCUAAAGGCAAACAAAAAUUACAGGUGGAAGCUUCUGCUUCCUUUUAAUAUACAAAGUUCAAGGUUUUGGAGCAAUGAGGUGGACUGGCUCAUUUCAUUCAGCAUGCAUUCAUUCAGUAUUUAUUGAGCAUCUUCUGUGGGCCAGGCACUAUGCCAGGUGUUCAGAAAAGAAAAACAAUGAUAAAUGAUAUUAAUGUAUCUGUCUUCUCAACUUACUUCAUGGUCUUUCCUCUGUGAAGUAUUAGAAAUCUAGUAUUCUGUUGCCCUGGACGUCCUCAAAGGCCAGGUGUAGGCAGUGUCUGAAUGAUUGUGAGGGUCAGUCCCAGUACAUUCUCCAGUCUGAGGUGGUCAGCAGAGGGACACUCUAUUAUCCCAGUCAGUAAGAUAAACUUGGUUUGAAUCUUACAGUGUUCAUGUGGGCAAGCAAUGUUCAAGUAGUUGUACUUUUUAUCUAGUACUAAUUAAUGGCCUCUUAAAAGUGCAUUGUUACCCGGCUCUGUUGGAAGGGAAUGGAGGGCAUAGCCUAGUGUGAGACUCAGUGUUUUACCUUGCACCUGAUGAGGAUGCUGCUUUACACUCAGGACAUGUAGCCCCUCAAGGGACUCUCAGAACAAAUGACAGAUAUGAAACAGUGGGUGCCUGGAUGAAUUUUACAAGCAGAGCAGUGGUGAGGUAGGAUGCUGUCUAGCAAAAUACAAACUUAGACUCCAGACGUACAGCUUUAUCUUGUCAAUAUAUUCAUGGGAUCCUGGCCAAGUCUGGAGUUAGUGAAGCAGCUAAGGGACUGGCAGGGUAUUCUAGUGAGAAGGUCACUGGACUUUGAGUCAGGCCUAGGUCUGAAUCAUAGCUCUGCUUCUUAACUAGCAGUGUCACCUCAGGUGAGAAGCACAUCUGUGCAUCAGACUCCUUAUCUAUAAAAUAAGGACGUUGGGCUAAUCACCAAAGUCCCUUCUAACUUUAUGAUUCUAAUUAAUUGGUUAUCAGGCUAGAAUUGUGGUUGAGUUUUCCCCCGAGGUUUUUGCAUAGUCUUUGCUAUAACUUUACUGUAUUGUGUUUGCGUUAUAGUAGCAGAAAGAGCAUAUGCUUUAGGAUUACCUCCACUUUUGUCCAGUUACUUACUCUGCCCCUAGUAUUGUGACCUUGGGUCACUUACUAGCCAUUGUCACCCUACCAAGCUACAGUUUCCUUGUCUAGUAAAAGGAAAUGGCAGUUUAUAUUCUAAAAGCUGUUGUGAGAAUUAGAAGAUAUUAAGUGCAAUAGUAUAUGUAAAAGUACCUAACUCAGAAAAUGUGAGUUGCCACGUAGGGGACAAAGGCUUCCUUCACCUCAUGGUGACCUGAUGCAGAUCCUUCAAGUAUCUCUGCUAAGAGAGAUUUCAGACCUGUGAGGCACUGCUCACCUUCUUAAUGAAAAAGCCUACUGGAGAAAGAGAUUGCUGGAGGGGCAGUCAAAACUCAUUCACAACCAUUUUCCCACUAGGAAAGCCAGCACAUAAAUAUGUAAGGCUAAUUAUUUGGUUAAUCAGGAUGGCAUCUUUCUUCAUUCACAGUGAGAGAUGAAAUGGAGUCAAGGUAAAUAUAUACAUACAUAUAUAUAUAUAUAUAAACAGUAUAGAAACAUACCUGGCUAGCUAUUCCUAUAGAUGGCUAGCUUGAAAGGAUUUUUCCUCCAGGUCAACAUUCAUUAGCUCAAAUAAUUACAAAAAUAAAAGUAAGACAUCUCACUGUUGGCUGGAGGUAAUAUUAAUGUGGUGGCUAACACUUGGGCUUUGUAUGCACGGAGGCUUGAGUUCAGUCCUGCUCCCCGACUAGCUCUAUGACUCUGAAGCCCUUUGGCCCCUCUGAGCCGCAGGUUUUAUUAGUGAUGUAACGGUACUGUUUCUCAUUUUACUACGGUAUUGUGAAGAGAUGGAUGUAAAACACUUGCAGAUGAUUAGACAUUUCAUAAACCUUCCGAAAUGGUAAAUAUUUUGAAGUUACAGUAAGUGAAAUGUUUUUAAAAGUUUAUUUUUGUGAUAGAAGGAUAAUGUGAAACUAGUGAGGAAAAAGUCUAUUUCUCCCUAAAAGAAAAUUACUUAGUAACUUACUCAAAUCUUGAUUGAAAACAUGAAGAGCUUAUUGAGUGUGUGUGUAAGUCAAAAUGCAGUGUCUUCUGUAUACAGGAUUUUGUUUUGGUGAUUUGCUCAGUUUACCUGGUUAAAACUAUGACAGAUUGCAUCUUUUCAUACAGUAUUAAAAUGAGAUUUCAUGUGUUCAUUCACUCACUGAUUAAACAUAUAAAAGACAUCUACUAUUUAUUCUUAUUAGCAAUAAGUAUGUGAGUAAUACAGGAGCCCUGAUGGCAGAGUGGUUAAAGCACUUGGUUGGUAAUCAAAAGUUUGGUGGUUCAAACCCACCAGCCGCUCCUCAGGAGAAAGAGGUGGCAAUCUGCUUCUGUAAAGAUAACCGCCUUGGAAACCCUAUGGAACAGUUCUACUCUGUCCUACAGGGUCACAAUGAGUCUGAAUCAACUAGAUGGCAACAGUUUUGUUUUUUGUUUUUAUGAGCAGUGAAUGCAAAGAUGAAUCAUUAAUGAAUCCUGCAGUCACAUAGCUUAUGAUCUAGCUAUGGAAAUAAGGUAUAUAAACAAUUGAUACAAUUGUUUAUAUAUUUAUAUUAAUUGCAUCAACUGUAUAAACAAUUGAUACAAUUGUUUAUACAGUUGAUGCAAUUGAUACAAAUAUAAUGAAGAAUAAGAAAUGGUACAAGAUAGAAGUGAAGUGCCAAGUAUAUGAGAAAUUAUUUCUAAUUGAGAGGGUCUGGGUGCUGAAGGGCCUUUGAAGUAGAGAAAACAGCAUGAACAAAGGUACAACCUUAAGGCUAAGAGUGAGAAGUUUAUUUUACUUGAGAAGCAUUAGAGAAAUUCAAAAGGUCUAAAAUGUAUUUGUCCAUGGCUCUUCCUUUAACUAAUAAUACAAAUGGUUCUCUUCCCCUACUCCACCCCCCCCCCAGCCACAUCAUUCAUUCUCUUCAGUAACUAUGGCUUAAUGAUGCUGUCAUUCUUAUGUUGGUAGUACAGUGUGGAUCAGAAUCUCCUUGGAGACCUGGGGGUAGGGAUGAAGUACAAGGAGACUGUAUAAUUUGAAAAUGGACCCUGCAUAUUCUAAUGUGUCUCUUUACUGAGUAUCACUGAUUGACACUAUCUCAGAAAUAAAUUUUCUAUCUUUUUAAAAUCCUGAAAUAAUAUCAGAUUGCUCCCACCCAAAAGUCUGAGCCAAGUGAGUCUUGCAAUCUUGAUGUAACUUCAUAAUAGAGUGUGACUCCAUUUUUUGAUGUUUGACUGAACAGCUUUCAAGACCUACCAUUCCCCCUUCCUCCUGCCACACAUGGGCAAGCUGAGAAGAAAGUCUGUGUGCCCUCUUUGGAUACCAAGAGGAAGUUUAAACCGCACAAGUCCUAGCCUGAAAGUGGGAACCCUCCAACCAUUCCCUCUCCCCACGCCACCAUAAAAGCCAAGCCAGUCUCCUCUUGCUGCUCUCGAGCCAUUUUAGACCUGAUUGGGAGUCCCCUCUGCUCUCCCAGAAAGCUUUACUAUGCGAGUAAUAAACGUUUUCAUACUCCCUGGGUGUUAGAAAGGUACCAUCGGUCUCAACAUCUGAACCAGAUUUUAGUUGUAUGUGGGGGGGGGGGUCCAUCAUGCUAUUGAAGGAUGACAAACUUUUUAAGAGUUAAAUAUCAAAAACAACUUCAUAAUAUAAUUAACACAAAUUGUAUAAAUUUAAUUUCCGAGCAACCGCAUGAAUAAAAACCAAGUGUUUUCAAAAUGACAUUCAAUAGUUAACCUUAAAAAUCACAAUAAAUCACUUAUUCCCAAGGAUCUGAAAUUUGGUGAAUUUAAUGAUUCUGUAAAAAUGCUGGAAAUAAAAAUUUCACAGUUCAAGGGGCAGCUGGGGUGGGGUGUAUAUUACCCCACCUAAUCUAAGAUUCAGGGGCUGGAUCUAGGAGAAUAAAACGCACUAAUUGAUACACUGCAAGAAUGGUCAUGUACAAAUAGGCACAUAUACCCUGGACCCUUACUUAAUUCACUGUUAGCUAAGUGAAAGCAAAUGAUUAAACAAAAAUCUGGAAAGCAGGUGUUCUUCCCUUCUGCUUUGCUGACUAUGGCCACAUAUGCCUGCUUUCCCCCUUGAUGAAAUGGGAGUACCAACUCUAGCCAACUUCACAUAUACUAGGACUAUUAACAUUCUGUAGCAUUUUAUAGCAGUAAAAGCGAAGGCGGCUAAAAAUGAGCAGCAAGGCUACUGUCUGAAUGAAGCCUCUAAAUGAAACCUCUGAAACGAUGCUGGGUGUGAAAGGGGCAAAGUCACUCUAAGGAAACAAGUUGUAAAAGGAAGUUUUAUGUUUAUUCUGGAAGAUCUUCAAUUACCUGUGCCGUUAGGUCUCAAACCUGAAUUUUUCGGGUCUCACUUCCCUGUUGAUCACCAGACUGGUACGUAUCCAGUUACCCACUCUAUAUCUCCAGUCGUGUGUCUCUUAGGAACCUUAGAUUCAGCAUUUUCAAAACUGAACUCAGCUCCUCCACAUCUGCUCCUCUUCUUUUGUCCCACCAAAGGAACACCAGCUUCCAUCCUGGAACUGAGGCCAGAAACCUCAGGACCAUCUCUGAUUACCUCCCUCACUCCCCACCAUUCAGUCAUGACGUUCUGUUCAUUCUAGCAACUUAGUAUUUUUCAUAUCUGUUUAUUCUUUUCUUCAUCCUCAUGGCCACCAAAUUUUAAGCUGUUAUUAUUCUUCCCCUGGAACACGGAUACAAAUUCCUAACUGACCUUCCUAACUCUAAUCUAGCAUACCCAUAUGCUACCUCCCAACCCAAUUGAAACCCUAUUGCAUACCAGCCAGAGUCAAAUUGUAAUAUGCAAACACUAACAAUACCAGUACAUAAAACCUUCAAAUGACCUCCAAAUAUUCCUAGUAAAGGUACAAAUUCCUUAACAUGGUCAAUAAGACCCAGUGUGAUUUGGUUCCUGCCUGUUUCUCCCUUCCUGUCCUAGCACUCUGCUCCAUCUAAAUUCCCUCCCCGCACCUAGGACCUUUUUUGUACUUCCUUUUGCUACCUGAAACACGUUUCCUGUUCCUAUCCACUUUUGUAGGAAACCCUGGUGGCGCAGUGGUUA